AGUUACUAAGCGUGAGUCUGUUGCUAUGGUAACGGUAAACAGUCUCGGACGGAAGCCGCUGCUCUGGUGUUGUUGUCUCUUCUCUGUUCAGUAAUCUCUAGUUCAUCAUGUCAGACGCUGGCACUGAAGAGUUUGAUGAAGAGCAGGGCUCUCUGGGGGAGUACGAGGGAGACAGAAAUGAAGCCGGAGAGAGACAUGGACAGGGCAAAGCUGUGCUGCCGAGGGGAGACACUUACCAAGGAGCUUAUGAAAACGGCAAGAGAUGCGGCCAGGGGACAUAUAAGUUCAAGAACGGGGCCAGAUACACCGGAGAAUGGUACAUGAAUUUAAAACACGGACAGGGCGUAUUUUAUUACCCAGAUGGCUCCAAAUAUGAAGGAAGCUGGGUGGAUGACCAGAGGCAGGGUCACGGUGUUUACACAUACCCCAAUGGAGACACAUAUGAUGGUGAAUGGCUGCACCAUCAGAGACAUGGGCAGGGCACAUACACACAUCAGGAAACUGGGUCUCAGUACAGGGGCACAUGGGUCGUGGGAAACAUGGAGUCCACCGGGGAGCUGAUCCAGCUGAACCACAGAUAUCACGGCAACUUUGUCAAUAAUAAUGUAAGCAACACUCUACAUUUGUGGCUCUGAGCUGGUGGCCCUCUCGUCCAUGACAUUGUGACGCAGCAUGGAGAGUAUUUCCAGUUAGAGCCGGACAAAGGAGAAGCAGAGGAAGAUGAGACUCUCAUAAGCACCACCUUGAAGUGGAAACCCAAGGCAGUUACUGGGCUUUCUGUUUAGACCAAUGAGCAAGAUUCUGCCCCCUCCGAUCAAGCCGUGGUGCAAAAGUGAGAAAGACAUCCAGACAGUGAGAAACACAGAGCACCAAAAGAUGAUAAAGGAAAUUAUAUCUGACACUGUCACAAUGGGAUUUUCUGACUGCACAUUAUCAUGGCCUCUUGACAAAUAAAUAAAUGGACAU